GUGAAAUUGGCGGCGGUUGACGCGGAAGAGGACUGGGCCCAGAGCUAAUAUCUGAAUAUAUCCUAGUUAUGGCUGACAAGUUUGACUAUCUAAGAGGGGGAGCCUUUGUGGUGGCUUUCUUCCUUCUUGGAGUGUGGAGUCUGCCCUCCUGGCUGAUAGCUGACACAGUAUUCACAGCAUUCUCUGGCAUUGGACUUUACAUUAGGCCUGAGAUCACCAUCCAACUUCAGACCCAAGACCUGAAGAUUGAUGUUCUCCAUUGUCACUUAAACAGAGUGUUUGGAUCAUUCUUGAUUGGCUCAGCUGUAAUAUGGUGCAUUUGUCGAUCAUCCAAAGACAGUACUGUUACAGCUGCAAUGUUGUGGUCAAGAGUCAUGGGUAUAAUAUGCCUUCUUUCCAUAGUAAUUUCUGGGCAUUUGGCAAAUAGAAAACUUUUUACAGAUAAGCACUUAUGGUUUGGAGUACUUGGUAACUCUCUGUGGUGGCUUGCAAAUGCUGUACAGUUAUUGAAGUCUCGACCCAAAGUCAGCAGAGGGCCUUAUGCACAGUCAAGGGGAAUAACUCUAGUGUGUAACUUGAACUUGUUGAUGUUGACUCUUGUUUCCCUAGCUUUUAUGGCAUUCCCACUCAUGACAACAGGUGUAAAGGGAAGAAAGCUGGACAAGUACCAUCUACACACAGCCAGGUGUGCUGGGGCUCUUGCCAUGGGCUUCAGCAUUCUCAUGUGGUUCGUGCCAAGAUUUGUAAACAAACGUGAUGUGAGGGCAGUGUUCAGUGGACAAGUCUUAACUGUUUUACUGGUGUACACAGCUAAAGCCUUUAUGCAGUACACCUCUAAGAUCCUUGGACGUGAAGAAAUUCUUUUGUGGACAAUGAUGUACCUUCCUUUGUUACUCCUGCCAAUGAAUGGCUUGCUUCUGACAUACAGAAACGACACAGGAACUACCCCAGAGACAGGUUCUGAGAUCUCAGAAACAGACAGUGGGGUAGAUAAGGAAACUGUAGAGGAGGAGGCCAAGAAAGGGAGAUAACUAUGCAGGCUCCGUAUUUUAUAAAAUGUAUUGUGGUAUAAUUAUUGGAUAAAAGUCAGACCUGUUAUCUAUAAAGAUCGCUCAAGACACAGAGAAUGUUUCUAUAGGCAGGUAGUCUUUAUGAAGAAGUCUGGUGGCUCAAUAUUAUGUUGGAACCUAAAACAAAUUACCUUAAUAGACAGGUGUUCUUAUUUCAAUGUCCAAACCAUUUUAUGAGGGAGGAUGGGGAUAUAGUGUUACACAUUUCCAUUUUUCUCAUCAUGUCCUUUUCCAAAUCACGGUCAUAUUUUCAUAUCAACUCCAUAGUAACUCCGCUUGAAGUUUUUUGAGUUAUCAGUCCAAGUUAAAGGGUCAAAGGUCAUAUUUGAUAAUCUGUUGUUCAAACUCAUUAGAGAGUGAUUACUAUUCACAGAGAGCAGGGGUAUUCAUGUCUUACAAAGAUGCUUUAGUUUGGAUAAGAAAUAUUUUCAUCAUAACUAUUUAAUAUCCCACGGAAAUGUAUUACAUCAGUCCCACGGUAGCUAUAUAGGUAUAUCAUUGUGGUGCUGUCAAGUAUAACACAUUUGUAUGUCCUUUGUACAAUUUAUUCCCUAUAUUCAAGACACUUUUAUAGAAUGAGGGCUUUGUACAAGUCAUUUUUAAUAAAUGUAUGCAUUAAUAAUUUGAAAGGGAUACACUUGUAUGCAAGCAUUAUAUCCAUUGAAAAAGUGUUUUCUAAUUUUAUUUACUAUGCAUUUAAUAAUAAGUUAAUUUUCGAAAAAUUGAUGAAAACUUGGAUUAGGGUAGAAAAAAGGAGUUAGGUUCAAGUUCUGAUAUGGAACAGUUUGUGUAUAUUUGUAAUCCAUGUUCACAGUGUAUGUGAUAAAGACAACAACAGAAUUGUUUGUUGUAUAUAAUGUUAGAUGUUUGUGUAUUUGACAUCUUUGUGUAUGUAAUUAAAGACUUCACAGCGGUUUCUUGUACAAUAAACAACCUGAAUAUUUGUGUGAAUGUGUUUUGGAAAUCCCUUAUCUUUGUGUUUGUAAUUUAGAGACAUCACAACUGUUUGUUGUACAAUAAACAAUCUGAAUAUUUGUGUGAGUGUGUUUUGGAAAUCCCUGAACUUUGUGUUUGUAAUUAAAGACAACACAAUUUUUGUUGUACUAUAAUCAAAUUUCAACAUGAUGUUGAGAAUUCUGCCCUUGAUAUACUAGUCCCCAAAUGUAUGUUACUGUGUCACCUUCUUUUAUUUAGUCAUAUGUUAUAUCUACUUGUAUACAAAGUUAUGUCCCUUUGUUAUGAUGGAAGGGAGUACCUGUCAGGUACUUUUUGUCUUGUGUUAUAUCUACUUGUAUACAAAGUUAUGUCCCUUUGUUAUAAUGGUAGGGAGUACCUGUCGGGUACAUUUUGUCUUGUGUUAUAUCUACUUGUAUACAAAGUUAUGUCCCUUUGUUAUGAUGGUAGGGAGUACAUGUCGGGUACCUUUUUGUCUUGUGUUAUAUCUAGUUCUAUACAAAGUUAUGUCCCUUUGUUACAGUGGUACGGAGUGCAUGGCCCCUACUGGUACUUUAGUCAUGACUCCCUGUGUUAACCUGUUGCUCUACUUUCUUCCAUAAAUGUUCCUUUUCUUGUGGCACAACAUAUUCACUGUUUCAACAUUGCCAAAUUAUAAACAUUUUUUUCCAAUGUAUGUCAAAGUUUGGAGGUCUUCAGUUUACUCAUAGUAAUUUUAUUGGGACGCAAAUUAUGUUUUUUAUUGCUUUUAAUAUCUUGUCAUCUGACUGACUGUAACCUCACCAAAUGUUUCCUUGUAAGUGCAAUAUAAUGCCAUGUAAUGUUGAAAUAUGUUUUUGAUACAGUGCUGUGCACUUUAAAAUAAUUUAAUCAGAGCUAGCUGUAUCUUUCAUUCUGUCAAUUAAUUACUGUACAUUAUAUGUAAUGUUUAGAUUACCGUCACCCAGGGAUGGUUAAACAGUGGGUUUUAUAUGUUAUAUAGGUGUUUGUAGAUGCCAGAGCUACUGUAUGUAAUUCUGUAAUAACACAUUCACCCAUAAUUCUUUUGGUUAUGGUGUAAUUGACAAUUUUACCAACAAAGAAUUUGAAUUUGAAGGCAAGUAAAAUUAACAAUUAGAAAAUAGAUAGUUGUCCAGCUCAUGUAAUUUUGUCUUCUAGUUAGCAGUAGUUGAUAAACAAUGCAGGUAGUAAGGUAAAAAUAUAAUAAAAAUGAAAUAAUGUCCAUUGUAUCUGUCUCAUAUGUUUUAAUGUAUUUUACCUGGAAGGGAUUUAACUUUGAUAUGAACUUUUUAUAUCUGUCAAUGCAUUUAAAAUGAUAUUUGUGAGAUGUUGGCUUUAGACAUCUAUACUGAAAAUUACUGACCAGAGACCUGUUCCAUUUUUAUACAA